AUGGCGGAGGAGUGCAAAACAGAGGACUAUGUGAAGACCAUGCAGCGCGUGUUUAAACGACAGUACAAGUACAUAGACGCCACCGACGGCACACCCAUAGCCGCACGGAUCUUCUAUCCGCUUGCGAAGCGCGAGGUUCAAUUGAAUGGAAUUAUCAUGCAUUACUCGGGGCUUGUGUUCCCCACUGAGGCCCACGACUACAUGUUGGAGAAGCUGGCAACCGAGUACCACUGCAUGGUCUUCAACAUUG